UAGUGCUUUGAAAAAGCAGAGCUAGCAUAACAAUCCAGCUCUGGAAUCUCUACUAAGAAAGACGAAAGGAGAAGAUGUUGAAUUUCUCUCGAAAGUAAAGAUCGAGUUCAAUGCACUGACCCCACGCAUAGCUUCAUGCAUGGAGUUCUUAGCCCAGUGCAACGCCCGCCAAGCCAAAGAGUCGAACCCUCCUGCCACUCCAGGUCAAGCGCCGUACGGACGAUCACCCUCCCCAAAUCACAGUUACUUUCGUCAACGGAGUGAGGAAGUUUUCGAUGCCAACAUCGACUCCUGCUCAAACCGUACGGAACAUGAUCCUCGAAAAAGGCAGUUCCUUGAGACCGAGCAAAUGUUCCGUGAUGCAGGCGAGAAGUGGCCCGUUAUUAUACCCGAGGAGGAGCUUCACCAAUCGUUUCCUGGAUCCAAGCCAGGAAAGCAGAAGAGAAGAAACAGUAACUCAACUCUGUCUUGACCUCAGCCCAUCUUACUGGAUGUCACUUUGGAAGAAAUAAUGUGCCAUU